GCCAGAAAUCGCUUCAUCAAUCUUCUUCCAUUUUCUCCACACACAAAAAAAAAAAAAAAAUUUCUUCAGUCUCGAUUCCGUUGACAAUGGAAGGAACCGGCGUCGUGGCGGUGUACGGUAACGGUGCGAUAACGGAGGCGAAGAAAUCUCCGUUCUCCGUUAAGGUUGGUUUGGCUCAGAUGCUCCGUGGUGGAGUUAUCAUGGAUGUCGUCAACGCCGAGCAGGCUCGCAUCGCCGAGGAAGCUGGUGCUUGCGCCGUCAUGGCUUUGGAGCGUGUUCCGGCGGAUAUCCGCGCUCAAGGUGGGGUUGCUCGGAUGAGUGAUCCUCAGAUGAUAAAGGAGAUCAAGCAGGCCGUUACGAUUCCGGUGAUGGCCAAGGCUAGGAUUGGUCAUUUCGUGGAGGCGCAGAUCCUCGAAGCAAUUGGAAUCGAUUACAUAGACGAGAGCGAGGUUUUGACUCUGGCCGAUGAGGAUCACCACAUCAACAAGCAUAAUUUCCGGAUCCCUUUUGUUUGCGGUUGCCGGAACCUCGGCGAAGCUCUGAGGAGGAUCCGUGAGGGUGCGGCGAUGAUUAGGACCAAAGGUGAAGCCGGAACUGGGAACAUUGUGGAGGCCGUGAGGCAUGUGAGGUCGGUUAUGGGUGACAUUAGGGUUUUGCGAAACAUGGACGACGAUGAGGUCUUCACUUUCGCUAAGAAACUAGCCGCUCCCUACGAUCUCGUGAUGCAGACCAAACAGCUUGGCCGUCUUCCCGUCGUCCAAUUCGCCGCCGGUGGAGUUGCUACUCCGGCCGAUGCAGCUCUCAUGAUGCAGCUUGGAUGCGACGGUGUCUUCGUCGGUUCCGGUAUCUUCAAGAGCGGCGAUCCAGCUCGUCGCGCGCGUGCCAUUGUUCAGGCUGUGACUCAUUACAGUGACCCAGAGAUGCUUGUGGAGGUGAGCUGUGGGCUUGGAGAAGCCAUGGUUGGGAUCAAUCUCAACGACGAGAAGGUUGAGAGGUUCGCUAAUCGCUCCGAGUGAACAAAAGAAAAAGGGUAAAAUUUCAUAGGAAAUGGUUUCAGAUUUAUCAGACCAUUUGCGGUAAUCUCUUAUAAAAAAAAGAAGAAGAAGAUGAUAGUGUUUGUAUCCUUUGUGUGUUUCCUUAUAUCUUUGAUAGUGUUUGCUUGUUGUAAUCGAUUUCUUCUAUUUCGCAAGAACAAGUUGUCAGUUAUAUUAUAAUGUACUCUCUUGAUUUUGAUAAUGAAAUAUUCUUCGAUCCAUUGA